AUGGCUAUGUGGGCCAUCAAGCAGUCCAAUUUCGACAUGCAAGCUGCCGGUCCGCACCGGAAACUUCAGUUGACAGAAUUGGAGGAGCUGCGGCGAGAUGCCUAUGAUAGUGCUUGCCUUUAUAAGGAGCGGACUAAGGCCUUUCAUGACAAGCAUAUCUUGCCCAAGCAAUUUGUUCGGGAUCAGAAAGUAUGGCUCUUCAAUUCCAGACUCCGGCUUUUCCCUGGGAAGCUCCGUUCAAGAUGGGACGGCCCCUUCAUAGUCACCUCAGUGUCACCCCAUGGAGCCGUUGAAUUGCAGGACCCAAAGGAUGAGGUUGAUAUGAGUACUUGCGGAAAGUCAAGAGGACGGAGGGGAGCUUCUUCUGGGUUGAGAUCACAUCGUGGCCUUACCGACAGUGAGUCGCAGGAAGCUGCUAUGCUUCUCUAG